UUGUCAGUGAUAUUUUCAGAUGCUUGUCUCCCCUCCCCCAAUUAUUUGAAAAACAUUCUCUGCCCAACCAGCACCCCAGUUGCUGCACUACCUGUCUGUGUUGCACAUAAUCUAUAUGUUUGCUUUGUUCAGCCGCACUGCACAUCAUCAGUGACUUCUGCAUGCUUGGAUGCACAAGUUUCAUCUUUCAGAAUGAAAACCAAGUUAGACAGCGUGCUACUGGCCCAGAAGAAGUUCAUCUACCAAUACAAAAACAUGCGGUGGGCUCGCGGUCGCUGUGAGACUUAUCUGUGCUUUGUGGUGAAAAGAAGGAUUGGACCCAACUCACUGUCCUUUGAUUUCGGGCACAUGCGCAAUCGCACCGGCUGUCACGUGGAGGUCCUGUUUCUGCGCCACCUGGGUUGGCUAUGUCCAGGCCUGUGGGAUAUUGGUCCGGGUGGGGUGAGGCUGUGCUACUCCGUCACCUGGUUCUGUUCCUGGUCACCGUGUUCAGACUGCGCCCGCCGCCUGGCCAACCUCCUGUCACAGAUGCCUAACUUGCGGCUACGGAUCUUCAUCUCACGCCUCUACUUCUGUGAUCUGGAAGACAGCAGGGAGAGAGAGGGGCUCAGACAGUUGAAGAGAGCAGGGGUGAAGAUGUCCAUUAUGACUUUCAAAGACUAUUUCUACUGUUGGCAAACAUUUGUGGCUUGCAAUGCAAGAGCCUUCAAGGCUUGGGAUGGACUCCACCAGAACUCUGUGAGACUGACCAGGAAACUCUACCGCAUCCUCAUGCCCACUGAGACUGAAGACCUGAGAGAUGCGUUUACACUGCUCGGACUGUGAUACUCAUCAUCCGCAGAUAUGAAGAUGCAUUCUGAAAAUUGUUGCUAUGUCAAAGUAUAACCUACUGGUGCUAAUCCUGAGACUUGAACUUUAUCACAAUCACACGGAGCAUUAAAGGCAUUUUAGCUUUUAUAGUUACCCGAGUUACAGUAUAUGACUUGAAAAAUAAUCUGUGACUGCUGUUUUUACUGAGAGCAAAAUGAAAUAAAAUACACUGGCAUGAUGCACUGAUCACCUAUGACAAUUACACAAUAAUAAUCAUACCAUAAGUUUAGGUGUAGCCUACCAUGUGUACACAGACAAAACAGCCAAUUUAGUAAGUAAACUAAACCCAUAAAUAAGAAUAUGACGAUUGAAUGAAACUGAGAAUGGUGACACAGAUA